AUAUCAACUGAUUGUUGCGACUGUCAUCUUGUUGGGAAAUUGUUGGAGUGAAAAUGGUGUCCUUUCUGACAUGCCUUCUCGUGAUCGUGGCUUGUUUCGCACAUUCAGCACUGGGCGGCGCAAUAGUCUGCGAGGGUGCAAGCAUUUGUUUGAACUGUCCAGCCGGGCAGACACUGUUCGUGGGCUCGGCCAUUUUCGGGCGCACACAGGGAGCGGCCAUUUGUCCCUCUCAGCAUAUUCAUAACACAAACUGCACGUCGACAACCUCCACCGCUACGGUCCAAUAUAUGUGUAACGGGCAAACCCUGUGUUGUCUUAAUGCGAACAUCGUCGCAUUUGGAGACCCUUGUCCUACCACAUACAAAUACCUGGACGUCCACUUCGCCUGUUUCUAAUUUUCAUGGCUGUACUGUUUUUAACAUUUUAACUUAGCUGAAAGAAAUGCUUCUGUUAUAAUAUGCUAAAUUACAUCGUUCAUUUAAGUGUACUUUAUUGACUGUUUUAAACUUAUGAUUUUUUGUAAUCGAGCUAAUGGGCAAGUUCUGUUUGCUAUUUUAAUAUGUUGUAUUUAAAUUCCGAUUUAUGUUUUUAUUUUUGUUUUCCAAAGUAUUUAAGUGCAGCAUGUCGGAUGUUUCAUCUCAUUCUCCCCAAUGAUUUGUUAGAGUAAGAAUUUGUUAAAUAAUUUUAUUUAUAGAUAUUUAGAUAGAUUUUGAUAUUCUCCGUGGAAAAAAAUGAGUUGCCGAUUUUAAAGUUAAUAGACCUCAACUGUUAAUAACUUAUUAUUAAGUUGUUGGGCCGAUUGAAUGAUCGGAUUUCUUACUUGAUGAAAAUUCCCAGAAUAUGGCAAUAAUUAAGAUCAAUAUUAUGUUUUUUGUUGUUUUUUUUUCUCGCCAAGUUAAUAUUGUUUUUCAUUUCGAUUAAUUAUUUGCCAGAGCACUCCUAAUGUUAUUUUAUUCAUUUCUCGUCUUCUUCUGCUUUGUUUAGAUAUAAAGCCUACCAUUAUGCAUAUCCAGCUUGUUCUUAAUAACCGUAUUAAAUUUGCUACCAAUCAUUA